UGCCUUUCAUGCAGGUUCUGAUGGCGGAUUUCUUCAUGGCUGACCAGCUAACCAGCCAGAUCCCACUGCUAAGACACCUCAAGUUCACGGGGUGCUACUUCAUGGCUGAAACUUUCAGAACUCACGCGUAUGGAAGUUGUACCAGCAGCUCCCAAUACAAGAACCUGGCAUAUGUGCUCUCUUUCCUGCCAUACUACUGGCGAGCAAUGCAGUGUCUGAGAAGGUACUUGGAAGAAGGCCACGACAUGAACCAGCUUGCUAACACCGGCAAGUACGUAUCAGCGAUGGUGUUUAAACCAGAAAGCGUCCCGUGGCACGGAAAACCAUGGGAGCUCUGACUUUUGGUUGGGGUGAAAGAGUGGGUAGAGAUGUUG